UUCUGAUGACACGUUUUCCCCGCGACAUUCAAGCGCUCAACUCAGGCAACCGAGCCGACAAGUAAACAGCAUUUCUGCACAAGCGCCACUACGUUCACCUCGACAAAAUGCUCAAAAAGAAAUCAAGCAGCACUGACAAGAAACGGAAACACACGCAACCCGAAGAGCGGCACGACGGCAACAAACGCAGAAGUGCGGAAUCCAGCAUAAAGCAGGAAUCCAAGGAUGAACUCGCCGAUGCAGAGCUGGACCGGAUCGGCAGUGACAUCGAAGAGGGCGGACUUGACCUCGGCCUGCCGUUCCAGCCGAUCACUGCCUACGUCGCCGACAAGCAGGAGAUGCUGGGGCAGUGUCUCCAUGUGCUGGGGGAGAAGAAGCUCCGGAAAAUGCUGCCAGAUGAACUCAAGGACCUUAGCUUAAAGGAAAUCCAGAAGAUUUGCUGGGAGCAACUGCAGUUGAUCUCUGAGAAGAACCUUGCUGAGAUCUUAGCAGGGGAAGAACUGACAUCUGGGAAUAAUGGCGAACAAAACAGAGAGACCUUGGAAAGCCAGCAAGACAAUAAUGUGGACUCGACGUGUUGCCUCAAAGAAACUGCAAAAGCUGAGGACCCUAAGCAAGAGGGCGUUGGUUCCGGAGAGGAGAGUGACGUCCUAAGCAUAAACGCAGACAUUUACGAUAGUGACAUAGAGGGACCCAAAGAGGAGCAGACUGUUAAAGCUCUGGACGCGUCGGUGAAAGUAGCGGACAGCUGCAAGGAAGGCGCCGCCCCGGUUGUAAACCCGGGCCCGGCGGCUCCCGAGCCUCCUGAGCCUCCCAAAGGCCCCCAGCCGACGGAAGCAAAGACAGACCUCCUAAGCGACAUAGACCGAAGCGUCAGCGAGAUUUUAGCAGUCUCGUCCUCUCCAGGCAAAGAGGAAACCGAAGAGCAGGGUGCGCCUCCGCAGUCCACAGAUGUCAGUUUAUCUGUGCAAGGCCUACCCAUUUCAAGCCGAGCACCUGCAGCAGGUCAGCCAUCCAUUCAGCAACUGGAGCUACUGGAGUUAGAAAUGAGGGCGAGGGCCAUCAAGGCCCUGAUGAAAGCAAGUGAUGGGAAAAAGCCUUGCCUGGCCAAAAAUGUGUAGCGCGCCGUAUUUGGUCACUUUGAAUCCGAUUUCUCUGUUUCAAACCCCUGAUUUAUUCCUCCCAGUGUAGCGUGUAAACCCAUGCACACGCGUCCUGCACCAACUGAAUUGUCCUCCAAUGCAUUCCUCCCUCUGGUCACUAGAUGGCAGUGUUGACCUGUCGUGCAUUAGAGUGCAGGAGAGGCCCACAGGAUUCAUCGGCUCACAUUAGUCAAAAUGCAAAGACUGCAUGACAGCCAGGCCCUAGUUAAAGCUAACGGUUAGUUAUCCAGUUAAUGGCGAAAAUGAAAUCGAUGUUAGACGAUGUGAGUAUAUCAGAAACGUCACUUGCGUGUAUUUUUCAUAUUUGCAUGUCUUAAAACUCUAAUAAACAUACUACAGAAAACAGAAGAAAUACUCCCUAUGCUAUGAAAUCCCUAAGUCUAAGAUGAUUAGACCUGCUCUCCACAACUAUGCAGGAACUUAAGACAAUCUGCCAGAGUGGCUUUUUAAAUGUUUGCGUUCCGUCCGUCUUCGUGGCAGCAGGAAUUAAUAGCAUCCUACCGCUUAAUGUACCAUCUUUGCUGUAAUUUAUUCUGAAGCUGCUUUGUUCUAGUUUAUACUGUAAUGCUCUGCUGUGUGUGCAAUUACAUGCAGAUGCAGAGCAAAACGGCUCCGGAUCCCCUGAGGAGACAAUGAAAGUGGCUCCUCUGUGUUUGCAUUUAAGAGGGUCAUUUCACUGGAGGGAUCAGGGUGGGGAGGGUUAUAUUAGUCGAGUGCAUGUGCAGGUAUCUUUGUACUCUGACUAUUUUAAGAGUCAACUUGUCAAAUAAUACAAUUCUACUGCUACUGGAAUGCCAAUGGUAUGAGCAGCAGCGGCCUUUUAAGCAGGCUUCCAAAUUGGCAGCCUUAAAAACGAUCGAUUUCCAAUUUUGUGAUCCAUGUGAAAAUAUUUCGAUUCAAUGGUUCAAUCUAUUCUGAAAGUUUCUCAAAAGAAAUUCUCCCUCAUUUAUGCGACCAAAAGUUUCAGUGAUGACGACGUGUUGCAAAGUCCAUUUUAAACAGUCGUGUAUUCAGUUCACUUCCUUCAGUUUCGGUCUGUUGGACUUAAAUAUCUUAAGAAUUCCCAAACGGAUUGCCACUAAAAUGUGUACUCCACCCAUAGUCCUCAGACUAUGAAUAAUUUGAACCUCUUUUUUUUUUAAUAUUUUUUUUUAUCUAGCUCCGCUCUCUGAAGUAAAAUGUCCUUCAUGUCAGAAACAUUUAACCUGAAAAAUGAAUGGCCCAGGUCCCGUUCUCCUCAGCUGCACUUCUAGCAUCACAAUGUAACCUGCUAACUCGCAACGUACACUCACAACGCUUCCCCCCCCCCCCCCCCCUUAAUGUUUGAUUUCAUUCACAUUGCUGCUAUUCCGACGUUUCCAAUGUUUUUUUUUUCCUUCAAAUAGUUUGUUCUUUCCAUUAGUAUUUUGAGAUCUGGGCUGAAUUUGUGUUGAUACGUGUUCUUAGGAGCCACGGGCAUGAGUCGCUGUAAGCACGAGCAUAUUUGUGAAAAAGGUGUUGAUGUAUGAUAACGCUGAUGUCAUUGUCUUUUUUUUUUAAGGACACAUCCUGUACACCCAAUAAAAUAUUUCUCUUCA